AUGUCGAAAACAAAUACUCCAAGGAGGAUCACAAGAGGCUCCAUUGCUGCGAUGGAGAUAGAGAAGAAAUCGAAAUUUCUUAAUAGCCCUAUAAAAUUGGAUUUGAAUGAUGCAUUAGUAAGGUCGGGCUCUUCUAAAAGGAAAGAAGGGUCAAUAAUGAAAGUGGCUGAAAGAAAAAUUGACAAGAGGAGGAAAGUCAAAGAUGUUGUUUCGGGCAUGAUUGAAAAACAUAUAGUUAAUGAAGAACAAGAAGAAAUGAGUGAAGAAGAACUAGAGGGUAUCAGAUUUUAUGUGUUGGCUCGCCCGAUCGAACCCCCGCGCAUGCAGGUUUAUGUGAACCAUAACAUAGUUACAGAUUUGAAGGGGAAGCUUACACCGACCCAAUUCAAUCGAUUUAAAGAUACAUGUUUUGGAGCAUAUACCAAAAUGCACGUGUAUGGGGCGCAACCACAAAUCUUUAGGUGUUUGAUGGUAUGUGAAUUGGAGGACAGUUCCCCGGAUGAUCUGUUCUUUCGUAUAAAUCAUACCACACUCCGUUUUGAUAUUCAAGAAUUUGCCAUCAUUACUAGGUUGAACUGCUUUGCUGAUAAAGACGAUUUCUUGUUUGACACAAGCGAGCCAAACAGAUUAAUCAAUCAGUACUUUGAGGGCAAAAGUAUUAUCAGAAAAGCAGAGUUGAUUAGUAAGUAUAAAAACAAGGUAUGGGGUGAUGGGAAUGAUGACGAUGCUAUUAAAUUCGCAAUUCUAUAUUUUAUCAGUACGAUCAUCUAUUCCGGUGAGAAGAAGAGCUCAUCAAUUCCAAGGAUGCAUUUUGAUCUAGUUGAGAGCGGCCGGUACAAUGAAUACCCCUGGGGAAAAGAUGUUUUCUCCAAAUUGGUCAAAAGCAUAACAAAAAAAAUGGAUGCCAAGAAAAAGUAUUAUAGAAUUGAUGGUAUGCCUCUUGCCAUGCAAGUUUGGAUAUAUGAAUGUUGUUCUGCUGUUGAUCUGAAUAUUGCUGAAAAGAAGACCAAUCGUAUUCCCAGACUGUUAAAAUACAAAAACAUUCAACCUUCACUAAAGGAGAUUGCAUUUUAUCAGCUUCCAUCAAAAAGUGAUGCAAUCCCCGAGAAUACCUUUCAAAAAGUUGGCGACAAAGAUGAUGACGAAGAUGAUGAUUUCACUUCAAAGCCUCCAAGUCAUAAGCCACACAAUAAAGAAAAAGGUAAACAGAAGGUAACUGUUUCAUUGUCCACAUCGAUCAAAAAGUUCAAUAUGCAUGCAGGUUCGAGUUGUAAGGAGAAAAGUCCACCAGUAUUGCAUGGUUACCGUAAGGCAAAGAGUACACCCUUUAGUUCUGUUUCAACCCCCGUGGAGAAUAAUGUACCAGUACAGGAGUUGUAUAAUCAGCCGGAUGAUUCUGCCAACACUACACCACCAAUGAGUUCGAAACAACCUCAAGAUACCAAGGCAGACGAAAUUGGUGUGUUGAGACAAGAUCUUGCCUCUUUCAAGGAUUCUGUUACUAAUGAGUUCAAGGAGUUGCGCUUGUUUAUACUGGAAAGUUUUAAACAAGUCAUGGAUGUAGUCAACACAAGCAAUCCUCAAUCUGAAGCACUAUGUCAGGAAGAUGGAAGUAAAUCUCCAACACAUGUACCUGAUUGGUCGAACAACAAUUCAAUGAAAGACGGCAACCAGAUCUCAACAUUCUUGGAUAAACCUCACUUUGAUAUAAAUGAGGAUCAAACAUUUCGAUUCGUUCUUGAAGAACACGUCAAAGAUAAUGUCCAGGAGAAUUAUCAGCCUGCCCAGAUACACAUACAAGACCCUUUGUCGGUACAUGAACAGUCUAACGACAUUAAUGCCUUACAGAACGAUGGAAUCCAACAACCACAGUCACAAUUUGAGUUGCUUGAUGUUUUGUUACCUAGCCUUGACACAAUCAAUCCCAAAAAGUGUGUUGUGGUUCAUCCAGAGGUUGUGGUUCAUCCAGAGGGUGUUGUUUAUGAUACUACACCCGUGCCAGUUCAAAGGACAAGACGUCCCGAUCGAUGGAAUUCUUCUUCAUACUCGACAAAUUUUGGAUCAUCAUCUGGUAGCUCUUCCAAUGUGGUAAAAAUUUAUGAAAAGAAACAUCCUUUUGUUUCUGACUUCAAGUCGUUUAGGAAAAUGUAUUACUCAAUGAUAGUCAAUGAUACUAUCGUUGACUAA